ACUAACUAAAUUUAUUUACUGCAACUUGUUGACCUCAAAAUAACCAAAUGUGGAGGUUAAAAAAAGUUGGCCACAAAGCUGGUCGACAAGGCGACAGCCUUGAGGAGCUCAAGUUAAAGAAGCGAGAGCACGAAAAGGCACUGAGACAAGCCCGCAGAGACAGACAGCUUGUGAGCAAGAGACUCCUGCUGAAUGACGAUGAGGACCAGCCAGGGGUCACCAUGGACACUUACUCAGGGGAACAGGACGUGGCCAGUUUGUUCCACAAACUUCAACACAGCGGGCCGGAGAGGGAGGCCCACCUGAAAGCUUUGAGUAAAGCUCUCCGCGACCCAUCAGCACAGCUCACCUUCAUCAAGCAGGAGAAUAGUAUGCAUCUUCUGGUUGGUCUCCUCACCGGCUCAGAUGCUACGUGCCGUCUGCAGGCUGUUCGGUGUCUUCAUGAGCUGUCUCAUUCUCCCCACACCAACGUGGCACCAGCCUUUCUGCCUGCCACCCCCUACCUGCUCACCUACCUGUCUGGCCAGAGCACCAAGUUCACUGAGCUGUGUCUCUACACGCUAGGUAAUUUAUGCCCAGACAGUGAUGUUGUGAAAGAGAAGCUCCUGGCCCAGGGAAUCAUUCCAGCUCUGGCCAACUGUAUAGAGAACCAGAGACAUAGCCUUGCGGUGGUGGAAGCUGUGGGAUUCACCCUCUCUCAGCUUCUCCAAGCCAAAGAUGCAGCAGAGAAAAUAAUCCCGAUGGUCCUUGCCUCCAGCUUACCUUCACACUUGUUAUCAGUCCUGACUCCUGACCCAAAGUUUGGCCUGGCACCUGCCAUUGAGUGUGCAUGGUGUCUGCACUACAUCUCAUGCAGCAUGAAGGACAACAGAGUGCUGUUGGCUCAUGGGGCCCUGCUACAGUGCAGUUCUCUGUUAGUGUCACUAGGUGGUGCUGUGGCUGAAGGAAACAAGGAAGAAGGAAUGGAGCUGUUGAUCUGUCCUCUGCUGAGGUGUGUGGGAAACCUCCUGUCCUCCUGUCCAGUGAAAGACCUGAACACCCAAGUGGCUGACAUUCGUAUCGUGGUCGCUCUGUGUGCACUUCUUCAGGCCUACCUGCAGGCUCAGCCAGCGUUGGCUAGAGAGAGUGCCUGGGUCCUCAACAACCUCACAGCUCACUCCGGUGCUUUCUGCUCUGCUCUGCUGACUCUCAACUUGGUCCCUGGACUGAUCCAGCUCCUCCCUUUCUCGCAAGGCAUCAAUACCAUGAUCCUGAGGGUUCUAGCAAAUGUUGCCCACAAGAAAAAGGAGUUCUGUGUCCAGCUGGCCCAUCGUGGAUUGCUGUCUGCACUCUGUGCCACACUUAAAAUGGCCGACCAAGAGAUGGUGACCCUGAGUAUGGAUGUCCUGUUCGUGUUGCUAGUCAGUGAUACACAGGUGGCCGAGGAGUUUGUGAGGCAAGGCGGGCUUUCGCUGUUAGAAGCCAUUCAGUACAACAGUGAAGGAGAGAUUAGAAAAAGAGCAACACAUCUCCUGGAGCACCACCUACUGUCCUCCUCAACAUAUUGCUCGUUGGACAUCCCAUGUUCCUGAAGCAACAGGGAGGCAUCAAAUUCACACCUAUGGAGUACAUUGUGUCACCUACAGUAUACCAUGAGGCAACACUCUAUUCAUUCUCACUCCCAACUCGUCACACACGGCUGCUUGGUCAUGACCCCUUUUAGCAUUUUUCAGCAUGCAGGGUAAGGUUAAACAAAACUAGUUGGUUAGGUUUAGGACAAGAUUGUGGUUUGUGACGUAACUUGAGUUAAAAUAAGUCAACGUUGACUUUUGGUUUCACACGGGACACGAAACAGCGGUUAGUUUGACCCAUUCAUGCACCCCAACCUUCUCCCUACGCAGACUUUGUCAUUCUUUGUGCUACGUUAUCUCACAGCUGUUCUGAAAAGCCCGGUGCGUCGGUAUUAGACGCUGAGGGCCACUGACCAAGCUGCUGUAUUUGACGAGUUGGGAGUGAGAACACACCUGAGAGUACAGGACUGCUUGUUUACGUCCUGCAAUCUGUAAUAUUGUACAAACAAUGCUAUAUUUAAAGUCAUUUUUAAUAGCUUUUGAUUAUCUUCUGAUAUUUUGAUGUUUACCAUCUACAGUGUUGUUAUCAAUGGUAUUUUAAUGUAUGUAAAGAUGAAAUAUUUUUUUAAUAGACUCCGUGACUCCAGUCUUUUUGUCGGUUGCAUAUUGUGCCACCAUCACUUGAGAGACCGAAGGAGAGCGAUGUAUCUUUGCUCAUCAAAGUCUCUCUUCCGAAACUUGAAUACCAACUGUCUGUACAGCGGCUGAGUUCAUAUAACGGGCUGUAAAUAUUAAGAAUGAGGGUGAUGCAAAAGCACCCUUUUUUGUUGGUUUUGUGAUGACUACGGUUUUGGAAGAAUCAUGUUAUCUGGAGCCAAACAUGCAUUGUCAUUAAUGACUGUCAUUGUAUUCAUUAUAUUGUGUAAUGAUGUCAUUGUAUUAUUAAAAUAAAUUUUAAAUAAAUAUCAAAUUUACUACAAAUUGAAGACUA